AUGAAUUGCUUUCUUGGUUUUGUUUUGGUUCGUUUGGUUGUCUGGGUUUUAUGCAGAGGUUGGUGGACUCUGUGUCCGGGAGAGCUCUGCUUCCGCUUCCAGACCUCGGCUGAGCGGGGGCUUCAGCAGGAUGUGGUCACAGCGAGGAUGGGGCAGUGCGGUCUGAACAAAGUGGACAAGAGUCUGCCGGACAUGCAGGAACUGAGAAGGAGAGUCGAGACUCUUCGUAGCUGCUUGUUGACGACGUUCUUCUGCUCAUCUGCAGCUGCUCUCGUGGGCGCGAUCAGAAGAAUGGGCAAGGUCCUCCCGCUGCCAGACCCAGCCUUGCUCUCGAGCCUCGGACUAUCUCUCGGGUCUUUGUUCCUCUUCCGCAGAGUCCACAAGUUGUCUUGCGACGUCUCGCGCGCCCUUGGCUGUAUCAUGGGGUACGACCAUUCUUCGGCUGUUCGAGUAGUGCGCGAUGGAUCAGUGAAGGAGGUAGAGGCCUCCCUGCUUGUCCCUGGCGACAUGAUCAUCGUCUCUCGAGGGCACGUCUCGGCAGAUUGCAGGAUCUUGUCGGCUGAAGGGCUGGUAGUUGAGCCUGUCAGCGGUACAUCUUUCACGGCAUCGACGGCGAGAGGGGAAGAAGAUUCAGAGCCACGAGUGUCUGAUUGUGCUGUGCUUGCACAUUCAGAGGUUGUGGGGGGCAGAGGGCUUGCAAUGGUGACAAGGACAGGUGAAAACGUGAAUGUGAUCCGGGUCUUGUCUCGUCUCAACAAGUUGUCCAUGUUGGAGCUAACUCUCAUUGAUGUGACAUGA